AAUUCUCACGCAUAUGUUAAUAAUCAAGUUCAAGAUGAAACCAGUUUGCACAAUUACUAUUGAGUAUGACGGUAUUUCUGGUCGAUUUAACACCAUUUAAACGCGUCAUCUAAUAUCGGCAUAAGUUUUUUUAUAUCGUUGUUGCACAGACGCGAUGUACAGUUAACGUUUGCGCCCAGUGACCUGCGAUUAAAGAACAUAGAGAAGAGAACUAGUCCGUUUGUUACUUUGCAAAGUCCGAAUCUGUAGCGGAGGCUGUAGCGAUCCGCUCAACAGGUGUCCAUACGACAGUGCAUCGGGCACACGAUGGCAAAGAAUCCGCUGCUCAGCUUCCUAUUGCUUUUGCGUGUAAUAAUUUUGUCAUUUUUCUAUGUGUGUAAUGUACACGGCGCUUCGAUCCGGUAUGAUCAAAGCCAGUUUGGUGACUACAACGUACAAAUUCAUCUUAAAAAUAUCGAGUUAUACGCCAUCUUGGACGAAGGCAUACUUAAUAGCGAGUACGACUACGACUACUCCGAGCUGACUGAGAAGCCUUUGACGGGAGGUCAGCAUCAAUUAAUAAGCAAUGGGUCUACGGCGACGGCGAAACCUCCUUCGAACGCGGUUUCCGGCAACGUUAACAACUCCAACUCUAAUAAUAAUUCUUUAAGUUCAAUAAACUCCUCGGCCAUAAUGAUUACUAAUCAAUUGCUGGCAACUCCAGAAAGCAUAAAUGCCACUAUCAUUGACGAAGAUUCCGCUAUCAAGGUGAAUAGGAAAUGCGCUCCCGGUUAUUAUAGAGAUACUUUGGGAAGAUGCAGGAGGCUGAGAAAACCGCAUAUACCGUUCCCAUUAAAUGUGUGAACCUGAACUUGGCAGUGAACGAACGAUGGAAUUCUUUUUUAUGGGUGGACGAGUGUUGGAAAUUUUCCAAUGGGUACGUAAUAUGGGAUGGGAUACAGUUGAGAAGUUGAAUUUCAACGUUUCUUUACAUGUGUCUACAAUGUACAAAUUCAUAAAUAAAAAUAAUAAAAAGUCAAAUAACGUA